UCCCGCCAUGUUGUCUCUUCCGCCUAAAGCCCCACUCAGUUUCAAAUCCCUAAACCCCACCAAAAUCCAAUGCUGCAAAUCCCAAACCCAAACCGAGAGGGGCCACUCAUUCGACACCGGUGACACCUUCUUCCGCCACGAGAGCGCCACUGGCCGCGACCUCGGCGUGCUUGCCGCUGCCGUUUACAAGAAAAACUACAAUGCCCUCCGGGUGCUCGACGCAAUGUGCGGUUGUGGAAUCCGCUCUCUGCGCUACCUGGCGGAAGCCGGCGCCGACUUCGUGCUGGCGAACGAUGCCAAUCCGGACUGCGGCGAGCUUAUUUCGGUCAAUUUGGAGAGGGCCGGUGUCGAAAAGGAGAGGUGGGAGGUUAAACAUCUUGACGCAAAUCGGCUUCUGACGGAGCGUUAUUUGGAAAGGGAUUAUUUUGACUUGAUUGAUGUGGAUUCUUUUGGAAGCGACUCCACUUUCUUGAGGUCUGCCAUGUGUUCUGCCAAGUUGGAUGGGCUUUUGUAUCUCACUUGUACGGAUGGCUACUCGUCUGGUGGGCACCGUCCUCAGCAUACCUUGGCUGCAUACGGAGCUUACGUGAAGCCAAUGCCAUAUUCAAAUGAGAUUGGAUUAAGAAUGCUUAUAGGUGGUGCUCUGCGUGAAGCUUCUGUGUUGGGUUAUCACGUGGUGCCACUUUUCUCCUGCUACUCAUACCAUGGCCCCGUGUUUCGAGCAAUGCUCCAACUUAGGCGUGGCAAGUUUCCCUUUAAGAGGCAUUAUGGUUUCAUCAGCUACUGUAUUCAAUGUGGAAAUUCCCAGUCAAUCUCAUGGGAUAAACUCGGUCAAAUGAGAUGCACUUGCCAUGAUGUUCCUGGUUCGCUUGUUGUUUCAGGGCCCCUUUGGACUGGACCUCUUCACAAGUCUUCUUUUCUUACUGAAAUGCUAAACUUGGCUGAAGAGUGGGGCUGGAUAGGCAAUGGAACAGGAAAACCUAUGGAAACUCUGCUAAAGAUCAUGAUUGAUGAAAGUGACCCCUUAUUGCCAUUUGGGUACAUCAAACUAGAUGAGGUAUCAAGACGAGCAAAGAUGAACUCCUCUCGUUUGGACACUUUUUUGAAUGCCUUGCACAAGGAAGGUUAUGCCGCCUGUAGGUCACAUAUUGCCUCCAACGCAAUCAAGACAAACUGCUCUAUGGUUGAUUGUGUGAGGCUUGCUAAGGAACUUCGACAGGCUGCUGGUGAAACGUUGCAUAGUUGCAUGGAAGCAUAGCAACGAUAAACCCACCCGGGAAAGGUAUUUUCCUGGAUCUCAGGUUGUGAAGAAACCACAUAUGUUGGCUUUGCUAAAGACUGCUCAAGAAUGUAGCAGUCGAUUGCAGAGGACCACGAACCAGUCUGGCAGCUAUGCCAUUGACUAUAUGCCCAACUCCAAGCUUGGCCUCAGACAGGGAUGGUAUUUACUGGAGUGCUAAUCUGUAUUUAUCGGAGUGCUAAUCUUGCAGGGAACAGACCAUACUCUUGUUCUGUUUCUGUGAAUUUGUGGGCGUGCUGGGGAGGAGAAAUGUAAAAUUCAAUUUUGUUGCAAAUUUCCUAUAUGUACAAACACAAAUACAUGCAAAUUUAUUGCCGUAAAUUUCAUUA